ACGUACGCGCCAGCACGUAAACAAGCUAAAUAGCUAGUUAUUAUCCACAAUCAAAUACUCCACAAUGCCACGGACAUCUAAUGAUGUCGACUACGUGCAGAAGGACCUACAAACACCCCAAACUUCCCUACCCCAAGCCUACGCCGCUGCCUGCAUUCGAGCCACUACAAAUCAACAACUACGACGCGCCCGGCACCCCCAAUAUACCUCCAGGUCUUGAUCAGCAUGAUCCUGUGGCCCUAUUCCGCCUAUUCUUUACCGAUGAAAUGGUAGAGAAGAUGGUGCGCUGGACGAACGAGUACGCCAAGGAUCACCGGCCGUCCAAGGGCUCAGCUACUUCUAUAGCUGCUACACGUAUUUGAAUUGCCUUAGCCGGGUGUAGGCCUCAUCACGGGGGCCUAAUUCGGAGCCUCUAAUUGGCCGA